GUUGAAUUCCAGAAUUACCCUGCCGGCAGCCGGCUCUAAUUUCUCCCCAUCCACCUCCUCCGACAAUCUUCCGCUUCACACCAGAAGAUAAGAGCUCUGAAGAAGAAGAAAGAUGCGACCUUCGGUCAGGGUCAGGAUCGGAUUGAUUCUUCUUGUCUUAUCGCUUUACCCUCUCUCCCUCGCUGCCCGUCCUUUCGUCCUCGUCCUCUCUCAGGACGACCUCAAGGACGUCCCCACAACUCCUGCCGAUUCCGACGAUCUCUCCUCCUCCGAUUCCCAGCCCGAGUGGGAUGAGUUCGGAGACUCCGAUUCCAAGCCCGACCACCAGCUCGACCCGGGCUCAUGGCGCCCAAUUUUCGAGCCCGACUCCUCCGCCGCCGCCGCCAAUCCCGUCGACGGCGAGAUGGCAGGCUACUACGAGGUAGUUGGGAAGAUGCUCUCCGCUGUAACCAUCGGAGAGAUCAGGUUGAUGGAGGAAGCCGCCGCUGAAAUCGAGGCGGUAGCUGCGGAGAAAGGCAAUCCUCACGCUCAGUCGUUGCUGGGUUUUCUCUUCGGGAUGGGCCAGAUGCGGGACAUGAGCAAAUCCAAGGCGUUUCUCUAUCACCAUUUUGCUGCCCAGGGAGGGAGUCUGCAGUCGAAGAUGACGCUAGCUUAUACCUAUUCCCGUCAGGAUAUGUAUGAUAAAGCGGUUAAAUUGUAUGCUGAACUAGCCGAAGUGGCGGUCAACAGUUUCCUGAUCUCCAAAGAUUCACCUGUCAUUGAACCUGUUAGGAUUCACAAUGGAGCAGAAGAGAACAAGGAUGCUCUGAGGAAGUUUAAAGGUGAAGAUGAUGAAGACUUUCAGAUUUUGGAGUAUCAGGCCCAGAAGGGCAAUGCUGCGGCUAUGUACAAAAUUGGUCUGUUCUACUACUUUGGUUUGAGAGGCUUGAGGCGUGACUAUGUUAAGGCCUUGUCGUGGUUCUCUAGGGCUGUGGAGAAAGGGGAACCCAGAUCAAUGGAGCUUCUUGGGGAGAUUUACGCCAGGGGAGCUGGGGUUGAGAGGAACUAUACCAAAGCACUCAAAUGGCUUACACUUGCUUCAAGGCAGCAACUUUUUUCAGCCUAUAACGGCAUGGGGUAUCUUUAUGUCAAAGGUUAUGGAGUGGAGAAGAAGAACUACACCAAAGUAUGCCCCCCUUUAGUUUUCUCCCGUCGUUAUUUCUGCCAUAGCUCCAUAUCAGGGGUGUACUGCGUGCCUAUUUUUGAAGUUCAUGUUGUUGCUUUUGUAGACAUUCUAGGCUGCUUUUGUUUUUAUCUCGCUGUUGCAUAUGCCUUUGGGGAUUUGUUACCAACCAGAGCGAUUUUAUGCCAGGCGAAGGAAUACUUUGAGAAAGCUGCUGAGAACGAUGAGCCUGGGGGUCAUUAUAACCUUGGAGUCAUGUUUCUGAAAGGAAUUGGUGUAAAGAGAGACAUAAGGCUGGCUUGUCAGUAUUUCAUAGUUGCAGCUAAUGCCGGUCAACCCAAGGCAUUUUAUCAGUUGGCCAAGAUGUUCCAUACAGGUGUUGGACUUAAAAAGAACCUGCCAAUGGCUACUGCACUGUAUAAACUGGUUGCAGAAAGAGGACCAUGGAGUUCUUUGUCCAGAUGGGCGCUAGAAUCUUAUCUCAAGGGUGAUGUUGGCAAGGCGUUUCUACUGUAUUCAAGAAUGGCCGAGAUGGGCUAUGAGAUUGCUCAAAGUAAUGCUGCAUGGAUCCUGGACAAAUAUGGAGAGAGAAGCAUGUGUGUAGGGGAAUCUGGUUUCUGUGGUGAUGCAGAAAGGCAUCAGCGUGCUCAUGCAUUGUGGUGGCAAGCUUCCGAGCAGGGUAACGAACAUGCUGCCCUACUCAUCGGUGAUGCAUAUUACUACGGCCGGGGUACUGAAAGAGACUACGAACGUGCAGCAGAGGCCUACAUGCAUGCUAAAUCUCAAUCUAAUGCACAGGCCAUGUUCAACCUAGGAUACAUGCACGAACAUGGUCAAGGCCUUCCACUGGACCUCCAUCUUGCUAAGCGUUACUACGAUCAAGCAUUAGAAGUUGAUUCUACUGCAAAGUUGCCUGUGACACUUGCCCUAACUAGUUUAUGGGUUCGGAAGAACUAUGGAGACAGUUUUAUGGUUGACAUGAUUGAUUCGCUGCCUGAGGUGUACCCAAAUGUGGAAGCAUGGGUAGAGAAUGUGAUAAUGGAAGAAGGAAAUGCAACAAUAUUGACUCUGUUUGUCUGUCUCCUCACUGUGCUCUACCUACGAGAGAGGCAGCGUAGAAACGUGGGUGCCGCUGGUGAGGUUGCCAUUGUACCACAACAACCCAACGAGCAGGAUAUCAUACCUCUGGCGAAUUAGACUGUUUGCGGACACUGUUAUUCCAGGAAGAAGCAUGCGCUUGUGUACAGAGGUAAUUUAGGAACUGCAGUUUUGGGAGCAGAAGAGUGGGAUCAGUUUUGCUGAAACUGCUCUCUGCCUUAUAAUUUCAAAUUCAAGGCCAAGGCGUGUAUUUGGAAGUGGAUUUAGCAACAAUGCAAGUGCUUCGCAUUGUAUUAUGAAUCAUGCAAAUUCCAAAGCAGAAGCAAGUAAAAUAUAUACGAGUUAGAGAUUGAUCCUCGUACUCUUUGUUUGUCCAAAACAGAAUUUGUACGUACAAGUACCAUGACUUUCACUAAAGAGUAAUGAGAUUCGGUUUGUUAGUACUACUACUAUGAAAGCCCUUUUCUUCUCCAUAUGUUGAAUGCAUCUCAGCUAUUGGUUUUCUCAUCUGAUAGCUGAGGCAGGUGGUCAAUGCUCAGGAUUUUUUAGGCACAAUGUUAUUACAAGAUUGAGCGUAAGCCACCGUGUAGCAGCAAACCAUUAAUGUACAGACUCAAGGGUCACUUCAAUGUACUCGCUCAAGGAACCUAUGUUUGAAGAGGAAAAACAAUGAGAUGCACUGUACAUGGCAUAUACCCAACCUAUUUGCAUUGUGGCUAUUAACAAGGCGGCUAAAUUACACGUUUGAUCACUCGAAUUAUACAAAUCUUUCAUGUUUGCCACCCGAAUUACUUUUCUUUCUUAUUCGCCACUAACUUUAUGAAUAAUUUCACUGUUAGUCACCGCCCGUCACACUCCGUUAUAUUUGUCCUAUGUGGCAGUCAACUA